ACCUGAGAUGUAAUGCUGCAUCCAUCAGAUAGGCUCCGACAAUCAUAGUUAGAAGCUCAAGCUCCAAUGAACUUUCGAUAGUCUACUACCUCGCCAUCGCAACAAACGAACGCUGCAUCCCCGUUCCAUCACACAGUGAAGAAGAAACAGAGGACGUGAAUAUGCGUUUAUCGGUAGCUGCGGCCGUCGCGGGCUUGUGCGCGUCCUCGCAUGCUUUCUCAGAUUCUUCCCCCUUCAUCUUAUUCUCAACAGCUAAACUUUCAAAGCCAACAAGCGACCAUCAACUGCAGUCGAGCUCCCAGGUUCUCGAGACGACGAAGCAACUACUCUCAUCAUGCCCGACGAACCGCUACCUCUUCAUCUCCCAGCCGAAUCUGAACGCUGCCCACCUGAGCUCGAGCGCCGCCGUGCCGAAGCUCACUGAGUCAAUUAGCCAUACCACGAGCAGCUACAGCAUCGCCGAGGUUGCAGGCGAGUUUGAUGUGAGGUCCAUCGCUACAUACAUCCGGGAGACGUGUGAGCUGCCGCAGUCCUCCAUUAACGUGGUCGAACUUCUACCUGUUCCAUCAUCCGCUGCUGGAAGUGAGAUGGCGCUCAAAGAAAAUGACGACGAGCUCGGCAUGAUACUCGAGCAGUACGAAACCUCCACAGUCGAAUCUUAUACUGUCGUCUACGCUGGUGGAGUUCAAGCAGAGAAACCUCAGACCUACGCGCCUGAGUUUACCGAUGACGGUGCCGGCCCCACCGAACUCAAGAGGCAGCUUCACGAUGUCAAUGGUGUCAGGAGGCAAGAGAAGGACGGCAAGAAUCUGCCAUUGUUCGAGAAGUACCAAUACUUCACCCCCGGUAUUUUCAUGAGCUUGAUCGUUUUGAUCAUCUUGAUGUCCAUCUUGUACGCUGGCAUCUCCGCCGUAGCGAGUCUUGAGGUCUCAUACGGUGCCUUCGACAAGGAGAUGGGGCCUGCAGCUCAAAAGAAACAGCAAUAGAUAUAUAUACAAGCUAAUACAUACCCGGCUUCCCUUUUUCUAGUCUUCAGAACAUAGCCGGGUAGCAUGCUAUACAAUACAUCAAACAACGUGUACGAAUUCUGUCAUAAGGAGUUUGGGGCCAUGGGUUUAG